AUGUCGGACGAUGCCUUUGAUAAUGAAUCCGAAUUGUGUAAUGCUGACUUAAUCGCAGGGUUAGUGCGUAGGCGCGCUAUUAUAAAAUGUUCAUUAACUCGAGUAGCAACUUUUAUCGACCGUUUUAUUCCAUUUCCAGCUUCUUAUGCAGAAGCCGCAUCUCGUUUAAAUACUCUCCCUGCUAUUUUAAAUCAAUUUGAAGAUGUUCAACAAAAGGUUGAGGAAAUUGACAUUGAGCACGACGAUGAUCAUCAUGCUCAACAGCGCGAAGAUUUUGAAUCUAAGUAUCAUGAUAUGGUGAGUCGAUUAUCAAGAUUAGUACCUGCGCUAGCACCAGCGGUUUCAUCGCCUGACAACUAUGCCCAUACACAAGAGUCGUCUUCGCAUGCCUCGUGGUUAAGGUUAGAGUCCUUGCUCACAAAAAAUUUGAGUAUGAAGUCGGUUACACAUUUACCAUCGUUACCGUUAGAGAAGUUUGACGGAGACUAUAUAAAAUGGCCAAGGUUUUAUAAUUGUUUUAUGAAACGAGUGAAUGAUGUUGCUAGUCUUGAUGAGGUUGAUAAAUUGUAUUUUUUAAGAUCUUGUUUACAAGAAACGCCGCUAGACUUAAUCGAUGGAUUAGAUGUUGGCGAUUCGUCGUAUAGUCGGUCCUUAGCUCUUCUCAAAGAUCACUAUGAGCGCAAGCGAUUUUUAAUAGGCACCCAUGUUCGAUCGUUGUUAGAAAUGAAAAAUUUGGCAAGUUUAGAUUCAAAGGAUUUGCAUAACUUUUUAUCGACGUUUGAUAAGCAUGUUUAA